AUGGACGAAGGCGACUCACCCUGGAAUGACGUACCUUCGAGGUCCCAGCCUGCAGAGGAUCAACAGAAGCAGCCUCUGUCGGAGUCACAGGAGACUUCUGUAGAUACCACCCCCGCCGUUGAAUCGAUAUCGUCGCCGUCUUCGCAAUCACGAACUCAAGAACACACCUCUCUCGCUGGCGCCAAACCUGCACCAUCCAAGACGCGGCCGACACGACGUCAUGGCAACCUCACACAAUCCACCACUCUGGAAAGCCUCGAUGACUCCAUGGGGCCACUGGGUCCUCUGGGAAUGGAUCCAGUCGCCGAGCCUGUUGCGCCUGCGCCGCCCGUGAAAGAGCUUGCUUCGAGGACCCGACAACCCGUCACGUCUCGCCCCGAUACGGCCACAUCAGCUACCUCUUCUGGCAGAGGUGGGGAAUACGAGGAUGAUGAGAAUCUCCGAGCCUUCCUGCAUGGACCUCGAGUACCGCCGCCGGUUCGGCCUGCGCAAUACGACGGAAGGACGAGAUCGACUCAGCCUUCGGUCGCAAUUGAGCAAGCAGCAAAACCCACAUUCUCCAUCACGGUCGGUGACCCACAUACAGUCGGGAAUGCCGCCAGCAGUCAUACUGUCUACAGCGUCAUGACCCGGACGAGUUCGAAAGCGUAUGCCAAUCCAAAUUUCACAGUCGUCAGGAGAUAUCGGGAUUUCUUGUGGCUGUACGAGCGAAUGCACGAUAACAACCCUGGCGUAGUGGUCCCACCACCACCGGAGAAGCAGACUUUGAAUCGCUUCGAGACCAACUUCAUCGAAUCACGUCGCAUGGCUCUCGAGCGCAUGAUCAACAAGAUCGCAGCCCACCCGAUCCUGCAGACUGACGCUGAUCUCAAGACUUUCCUUGAAAGCGAAUCAUUCAAUGUCGCCAUCAAGCAUUCAAAUGGCAAGGAUCCUCUCCUGAGUGGAAGCGAAUCCAAAGGUAUCAUGUCGAGCAUUGGAUUGUCCGUCGGUUCUGGUGGCGGCAAAUUCAUCGAGCAUGACGAUUGGUUCCACGAUCGAAGAAUCUACCUCGAUGCCCUCGAGAACCAGCUCAAAGCGCUCCAAAAAUCCACCGACACCGUGGUCGCCCAGCGGAAGGCCCUAUCCGACUCCUGCGGCGACUUUAGCGUCUCCUUGCACAACCUUGCUGCUGUAGAGCUCAGCCCAAGCCUCUCCGGACCGUUGGACGCCCUGGGAGAUCUGCAGCUGCGCAUACAGGAGCUGUACCAGCGUCAGGCCAUGCAGGAUAUCUUGACCAUCGGCAUCGUCAUUGACGAGUAUAUCCGCAUGAUCGGCUCCAUCAAGAAAGCCUUCGAGCAGCGCCAGAAGUCUUACCACUCAUGGCACUCGGCCGAGCAGAAGCUGCAAGAUAUCAAAAAGCAACACGACAAACUCCUCCGGGCCGGUCGCACGCAACAAGAUCGCAUCAGUCAGAUGCAGGCCGACGUAUCGGAUGCGGAGCGCAAGACUCAUGCCACACGUUUACUGUUCGAGGACAUGGGUCGGUUGAUGCGUACCGAGCUGGAUCGAUUCGAGAAAGAGAAGGUCGAGGAUUUCAAGAGUGCAGUGGAAACAUUCCUGGAGAGCGCCAUCGAGGCACAGAAAGAGCUCAUCGAACUCUGGGAGACAUAUCUCCUGCAAUUAGACAGCGACGAGGACGGCCCUCCGCUGAUGCCCGCCGGAAUUGUCGCGGACCCGACGGUGCAGCCCGACCAAGAUGCAUCCGGCGCUCCAGGCGGAGUGAUCCCAGACGACUCCGAGGAUGAUGAGGAGGAGGAGGAUCCGAAUCUCUCGGGUACCACGGCGGUCGAUGGCGAAGCAGGGCUGCGGUCGGGCGCAGAAGCCGCUCAUGAAGAUGCCGAGCCAGAAACUCCGAUCGAUACGAUCUCACGAACAGAAUAG